CCUAGCGUUCUAGCAGAGGAUCAGAAUCUGGCUGUCUCUGGAAAACAGGAAAGCAAAUCCAAUGUGGCAGAUUCCAAAAAAUCUGCCAUUAAAAAAUCAGUGGCCCAAAAUAUUGAAAGUGAUGUCUCAGCUGCCAAAUCUGAUCAACCACCUCAACCCAAACCUCCUAAAGAGGAUUCCGACUUUUUUAGCUUUGGUUUUGGCAGUUCUCGUUCAAGAUCACCAUCCCCUCAACCCACCGUGUCUGCCGUUUCUGGGAAGGUUCUGGGUUUUAGCUCCUCUUUCCUUAGCUCAGCAUCUAAUCUAAUAAACUCAGCUGUUCAGGAUGAAACUUCCAAAACUCCACCGACAUCUCGCAAGGGAUCUACAGUCUCCCAUACAUCAAAUAAGACCACGCUAACACCACCUACUUCUCGAAAAGGAUCGGUGACUGCUCAGGACUUGAAACAGAAACCUGAAGUAGAUUCAAAGACACCUUCAACGCCAACCAAAGUUGUCCAGGAUGAAACUUCCAAAACUCCAGCGACAUCUCCCAAGGGAUCUACUGUCUCCCAGACAUCGGUUAAGAUCUCGCCAAUACCACUUGCUUCUGGGAAAGGAUCGGUGAGUGCUCAAGACUUGACACAGAAACCUGAAGCAGAAUCGAGGACACCUUCCACGCCAACCAAAGUUGCACAACAAAUCUCCACUGAGAAAACAUCAGAGCAGGUUAAACCAUCAGAAACACCAGUGAAAGAGGACCGUAUGAAAAUUUGCCCACUUUGUAAGGAGACCCUCAAGGAGGACCCACAGAAUUAUAGCACCUGCACUUUGUGCAAGAGCACAGUUUGUGAUAUGUGUGGAUUCAAUCCCAAUCCACAUCUAACUGAGGUGAAGGAGUGGCUGUGUUUGGCUUGCCAGAUGCAGAAAAUGCCAGGGCCUCUCCCUGCUCAUCCACCGCCACAAUCUAAUAAAGUUUCUCCACCAGCAUCUCCACAAAAGAAAGAGACUCCAGCAGCACCUUCCCCAGAGAAGAGCUCAAAUGUCCUUGCUGAGCAGGACAAGAAUCCUCCAGUAGAUACCAAAAAACCUGUACUGACUCAAAUGUCUAAAGGUGAUGCUUCUCCUUCCAAAUCAACACCACAACAUAAAGGUGAACAAAUCAAAGAAGAGUCAGGUUUCUUUGGGUUUGCUGUAGGUGGUGCUCAGUCUCCUUCUCCUCAACCCCCUGUCUCUGAGAAAGUUUUCGGUUUUGGGUCAUCAUUCCUCAAUUCAGCAUCUAAUCUGAUGUCCUCGGCUGUUCAAGAUGAGUCCACCAAAACUCCACAGACGUCUCGUAAGGGAUCUACGGUUUUCCAGACUUCAGAUAAAUCCAUGCCAACCCCACCUGCUUCGGAAAAAGGAUCGGUAGCUCCCCAGGACUCUAAAAGAAAAACACAUGCAGGAGAAUCAAAACCGGUUCACACACCACCUCAAAAACAAAAUGGUCUAGUGGAAAAAAGCCCAAGUCCUCAACUGACCAAUCCACAUGUUGUAGAUGAGCUUCCGAAAUCUUGUCCACUCUGCAAAGAAACUCUCAAAAAGGACCCACAAAACUACAGCUCUUGUAGUUCUUGCAAAAACAUUGUUUGUAAUCUCUGUGGAUUCAAUCCCAGUCCCCAUCAAACAGAGGUAAACGAGUGGAUAUGUUUGACCUGUCAAAUGCAGAAAGUGCCAGGGCCUCCCCCUGCUAAGCCUCUGCCUCAAUCUAACAAAAUACCCCCUCCAGCACUUUCACAAAAGAAGGAAAGUCCUGUGCAACCCUCUCCUGGAAAGAAGCCAAGUGUUCCCAUCGAGCAGGACAAGAAACCUCCAGCAGAGACCAAAACACCCACGCAUUCUCAAACAACAGCAAAUGCUCAAAUUUCUAAAAGUGAUGUGUCUCCUAGUUCUGGUCCGACACCUAAAGGUGAUCACACUAAGGAAGAGUCUGGUUUCUUCGGCUUUGGUUUUGGUGGUGCUCGAUCUCGGUCGCCUUCUCCGCAAACUGCUGUCUCUGAGAAAGUUUUUGGUUUUGGGUCAUCCUUCCUCAGCUCAGCUUCUAACCUGAUCUCAUCGGCUGUUCAGGACGAGUCAUCUAAGAAGACUCCACCAACCUCUCGUAAGGGAUCCACUGUCUCACAGAGCUCUGUUAAGAUGGCACCAACUCCACCUACCUCAAGAAAAGGUUCAGAAGCGCCACAAAAGAUUGUGCCUGCAGAAGAGGCUAAACCAACUACUGCACAAAAAUCAGAUGAAAAGAAAAUCCAGGAGGUUAAAUCACAAAAUGAGAUGCCGAAGAUACCAGUUGCUGAGGUAACAAGUAGCAAAACAGCCCCAGAGCCAUUGAAAACCUGUCCACUCUGCAAGGCUGAUUUAAAGCUGGAUCCACCAAAUUACAACUCCUGCUCUGAAUGCAAGAACAUUGUGUGCAAUCUUUGUGGAUUUAAUCCCAUGCCACAUCAAACAGGGGUUAAGGAGUGGCUUUGUUUGAACUGCCAGAUGAAGAGUGCACCAGGAUCUUCUUCUGCCCAGCCAAGGCGACCAGUUAACAAAGCACCUCCACCGAUAAUACAGCAAAACAAGGAGGCCCCCAAGCCUUCUCCAAUUCCUGUAUCUCCACAAGAAAAGCUAAAUGAGAAGGACAAUGAGACAAAAAAUGCUGUAGAGAAUCAAGAAAAAACAUCUACAAAACAAACCACUACAUCUACAGUGCAACCUGAUGCAUCACCUACAAAACCUGCUGUACCGUCAAAACCUGAACCUGCCAAGGAUGAACCAGGUUUCUUCAGCUUUGGUUUUAGUGGCCCUCGAUCUGGCUCACCUCAGCCUUCUGUGACUGCUGUAUCAGGGAAGGUUCUGGGCUUUGGAUCUUCCUUCUUGAGCUCAGCGUCUAAUCUAAUUUCAUCAGCCGUUCAAGAUGAGUCCGCCACCACUCCGCCAAGUUCACUUAAGGCUUCCACGGUUUCUGAAAAAUCUGCCAAGUCUUCAACACCACCAACGUCUCGUAGGGAGUCUGUAGUGUCCCACAUUUCAGAAAAGACCACAGCAACUCCACCCGCGUCUCGUAAAGGAUCUGUUGCCCAGCAGACCUCACAAAAAGUUCCACCUAUUGCUGACUCAAGAAUAGCUGUAACCGAGAAGCCAAAGGAGGACAAACCAAGUAAAAAGGAAAUGCAACAGGGUACAAUGACAUCUAAAGCUUUGGCAGGGGCACAGGAAUCUCCUAAAGCACAGACCAAAGUAUGUCCUCUUUGCAAAGUUGAUCUUAUUGUGGGUUCACAAGACAUUCCAAACUACAGCACCUGCACUGAGUGCAAGAACGUGGUUUGCAAUCUUUGUGGAUUCAACCCAACACCUCAUCGAACAGAGGUUAAGGAAUGGCUUUGCUUGAGCUGCCAGACACAGCGUGCAUUAAAUGAAAUUGGACCACAGGAGCCUGCCAAAUUAAAGUCCAGUGAACAAGCUGACAAUGUCUCCAUGUCAGCAACAGCUCCAAUAAAACCAGAGGCACCAUCAUUAGUAUCAACUAAAGUAGCUCCUGAAAAGAAAGAUUUUAAUCAAGUCCAGCUUGAGACAAAACAACCUAAACCCAAUCAAGUUCAAGCUGCGGGCAUCACUGAUCAAACCAAGACUCCAAAAGAUGUCCAAAAGAAAGAAACAGCUCUAGCUUCAGAAAAACUGUCAGAAAGCACCAUUAAGGCACAACCUGGCAGGUCUGAAAAGAAAGAAACAUCAGCUCCAAAAGAACCAACGAAAGAAAAAGAGAUUGAAAAGUCACCCAGCAAAUUUGCUUCACCUCCACGAGCAGAACCUCCAAAACAGGAACAUAGUUUGUUUGGUUUAGGAUUUGGUGGUCCCAAAGUGGUACCUGCUGCUUCUAAGCCUCCUGAGUCUGCCACAGGAAAGCUCUUUGGUGGUCUGACAGAAGCAGCUAGAUCUCGUUCACCCUCACCACAAACCGUUUCUGCUGUCUCUGGAAAGGUUCUGGGCUUUGGUUCCUCCUUAUUUAGCUCAGCGUCUAAUCUGAUCACAUCAGCUUCUCAAGAUGAGCCUUCCACCACACCACCAACUUCUCGAAAGGCUUCAACAGUUUCACAGACGGCUGAUAAAACUACACCACCCAUUUCUCGCAAGGGAUCCACAGCAGCGCCAGAUUCUAAGGUUCUAUCAAUUGGUGAUGUCAAACCACAUGUAGCAGAAAAACAUGCUGAGGGAAAACCAGAAGUUAAGCAAGUUGCAGUAUCCCAACCACCUCAAAAGCCUGUUUCUCAAGCAGUCCAUCACACCUGUCCAAUAUGCAAAGUGCAGCUUAACAGUGGUUCCAAGGAUGCCAAGAAUUUUACUGUGUGUACUGAAUGCAAGACUACUGUUUGCAGCCAAUGUGGAUUUAACCCAAAGCCUCAUCAAUCAGAGGUUAAAGAGUGGCUCUGCCUGAAUUGCCAGGUACAGCGAGCAAAUUCAGGAAUUGAAACAUCUGAAAAUACCCCUGUGAAACCGCAGUCAUUGACAACUGUUCCAGUAGAGGCCAAAGGCGAUGAGCAGUCCAGCACAGCUGAAAAGAAAGUAGCUUUUGAUAAGGAAAUAAACAAGGAAAAGACAGUUCCAGGUCCACAACAAAAGCCAGAUGUUAUUGCAACUCAAUCAAUUAACCCAAGUAAUGAACUGCCUAAACAAAACAACCAACAACCAGAGCCUUCAAAAUCAUCACAGCAGGCACCCAAAGAUGCAGUCCCUCCUGCAAAAUCUGCUCCACUUGCACAUGCCAAACCCCCGAAACAGGAAUCAAGUUUCUUUGGAUUUGGAUUAGGUGGUGCUAAAGCGCCACCCUCUUCCUCUAAACCAGCUGAAAAAAACGCUGGAAAGUUAUUUGGCUUUGGUGGCAUGACUGAAACAGCUCGAUCUCGAUCACCUUCUCCACAGUCUGUGUCUGCUGUCUCCGGAAAAGUCCUUGGUUUUGGCUCGUCUUUAUUCAGUUCAGCAUCAUCUCUGAUCUCCUCAACAGUUCAGGAUGAGCCUUCAACUACACCUCCGACGUCUCGGAAAGCCUCCAUGGUUACUGCUGAAUCAGUUAAAUCAUCCACAACACCAAGUGCCAGCAAAGGCUCACUGGCAUCUCAAAAGUCUCCCAAGGGAAUGCCAACAGAAUCUCGCAAGGGAUCUGUUGCAACCCCAGACUCAAAUAAGAUACCUCCUGCAAAAGAUACCAAAACACCCAGUGAAAAGAAGUCUGAUGUUUUGAAAACAGAGCAGUGCGAAGUUUCAAAAAUCACAGAAGAAAAGGAUACAUCUGAAACAAAACAAGAGAAAUUGAAGCAUCUUGAAGGCGUACCUCAGUCAGCAGCAUCUACUUGCCCACUGUGUAAUGUGGCGCUCAAUAUGGACUCAAAGGACCCUCCGAAUUUCAACACUUGCACUGAAUGUAAGAGUGUAGUAUGUCAGCUCUGUGGAUUUAACCCCAUGCCACACAUUGCAGAGGCUGAAUGGUUGUGUUUGAAUUGUCAAACACAGAGAGCUCUAGCUGGACAACUUGGAGACAUGGGGAAAAUGCCUGUAUCCUCCCCUGCAUCCGUAAAAGCAGAGCCAACAGUCAACCCCAAAACAGAAAUAUCCAAGCUCCCUGCUCCUUCUCCAAAACCAUCACCUGAGAAGCAUGUAGAGGAGGUGCAAACUGCUAGUAUUGAUGUGAAGACAAUAGUGACCACGUCAGCUGUCCCUGGAGCUUCUUUUACUUCGACUAAUGCUGCUUCUACGGUCACUCAUAAAUCUGUUGCACCAGUCUCCAUUGAUGGUGAUGAUAAAGAAAAGGUGGAGAGAGCUCUCAAGGAUAUGCUGGGAACAGCUGUAGAUGAAGGGGAUUUGACGGCACCAAUACCAGCUGUAGAGUCUCAGAGAUAUGUUAUAACUGCUGCUGAGGGUUUGAAAGAAACAGACAAAAACAUUGAAGCUUUUGACAAUGUAGUAAAGGUGAAAGAGGUUACAGCACCUCAUCCAGCUGCCAUAGUAGAACAAAAAGACAAUGUUGUGAUACAGAUGGUCACAAGUCUUCCUGAAAUUAGUCAGCUAGCUAAUGUAGACACCUUAAUGGUUGCAGAUAUUAAAGGCCAACAAGGACAAGACAUCUUAUCAAAAUCAGUGGAAUCAUACAGCUCAGCUGAGGAGGAGCUUAAAGAGAUACACAGAACUAGUGAAAUGUCCAUUAAAGAAACCGACUCAAAACUCUUCCAUGUCAAUGCGCCGGAUACCAUAAAACAACAUCAUGAGGACAGCAGCGGGAGCGAAUUCACCCCUCAGAUUCAGAUAAGAAGAGUAAGGCUGGAUUCCUCCAGCAGUGAGAAAUACAGUUCUGGAGACGAUGAAGAAUUCAUACGAAGACAACUUAUGCACAUGGGUGCAGAUGAGAACUUGAUACCAUCCGAUGAGGAAAACCAAAUCGGAGUGGAGACGGGAGGGCCGGAAGCACAGCAAGAGACAAUAGAGGUCGAACCAGAAGAUGCAAAGAAGCCAAAUCGGGAACUAAAGAACCUUUCUCCACAGCCAGAGAAGUGGAUUGACAAUAGUCUUUAUUCUCAUGAAAGAGAGAAUCAAUAUGCACAAGUCAUCCCUGUCUCAGAAGCAUUACAGGAAUGCAAAGUGGAAAUAGAUGUGUCAGAUGACAAUGAAAAGAUCACAACUACAUUCUCCCCCGUUAGACAGAUCACAGAGGAGUAUGAAAGUUUAAAUGAGGAUUCGUCUAAAGGCGAUGGGUCUUCCAGUGUGCAGGUGUCCAGCAUCACGCCUGGAAGUGCUUCACCUACUUCUGUGUCCUCUAUUGAUGAAGACAGUGAUAGCAGCCCAAGUCAUAAAAAGGCAAAAGCAGAGAGUAAGCAACAAAGAAAGGCCAAACACAGACAACAGGGCCAGGCCCUUCCCACCAUAGGAGACUCAUCUGAGGAGGAUAGGGUACGUAUGGAAAAUGAUGAGAUGAAAGAGGAAGCUCGAGAUGGUGAUCAGCAGCUGUUAAGAAAGGUCACCAAAAAAUCAAAGAAGGAAAGAGAUGAUUUUGCAAUUCAAAGGAGACGUGAUAAUUUGUCUAAAGCCGAUAAGUUAAGGCAAACUUCAGACCUGGAAGAACACAAAUCCUCAUCUUUCUCUGACUUCUCACCAAGUAUUGAAUCUGAGCCAGAGAGUGACCAAAGAGAAUGCAGAACGUCAUCAACUGAAACACACAAGGCACUUGAUGUCACAGUAAAGCCGUUAAAAAGUGCAGAAGAGGCAUAUGAGGAAAUGAUGCAGAAAGCACGGGAAUACGAAACAUUUGAAAAAUGUACACCUCCUGAUAUUGAGCCACUAUAUGGAGGUAUGUUAAUAGAGGACUAUGCUUAUGACACCUUAGUUGAGGAACAUGAACAGGCAGUAACAUCUUUUGGUAUGGUUACACAUGGACACAGUUUUGGAAAGGUGGCUGAGAGCGAGUCUGUAAGGAUACUUAUGACACCAGAGGAGGCUUAUGAGGAGAUGAUGCACAAAAGGAGGGAAGCUUUCCAAAAGGAACUGGAGCCUAAGGAAAUGGAUGCAUCUUUCUUGCAACUUGAUGUCAGUGAUACUUGUUAUGUUGAUAUUUCUGGAAAUGAUGCACAUACUCCAGAUAAAACAGAAAAGCAGCUGUUGCAGGCUGAGGAUGCCUAUGACGAGCUAUUAAAGAAACAAAAAGAUGUCUUAACACCAGGAACAAGUCCAACCCAGUCAUCUCCGUUAUCUCCAGCCUCUCCUCUAUCUGUGUCUGAGUCAUCUUAUGAUUCCCCCGAGGUGAUAUUUAUCCCUUCAAGUGGGGAAGAAGACGUUGCAACUGAACCUAUUGAAUGCAUUUUGGAGCCAUACAUUACAGAAUCAACAUCUACUCAGGAGGUAAAGAAAUGCUUGUAUCUUAUUCCUGAUUUAAAAAUCACCCAGUGUUCUUCUGGUGAAGAGGAAGUUGAUGAGGAAGACAGUUUUGCACAAGAAACAAUAUCACAAGAGUCUGCAGAUGUUCCACAAGGUGAAGACAUCCUUAAAGAAGUUUCAGAACCAAAUUCAUCAGAAGAGUCAUUUGAGGCUGGUCCCAUUUCUGUCAUGUGUGAAAUUCCUUCUUCCAAACAUGUUCCAGAAACUGCUGGAACUCUUCCAGUUCAGGAUUCGGCAAUAUCUCCAAUAUCUCCACCCACAUCUCCUGGCCUUUCAUCUCCAGAUUCAUAUAUAGAAGCAGCAAUGGCACCAUCCUCCUCUCCAGGUUCUGAUCAGACACCUGAACCAACUACUCCAGCAAGCCCCAGUGUUGUUGAUGAUUCUACAGUUAUAAUUCAAAUGCCUGAAUGCGUGUCUGAGCAAGCCACAGCUCAUCCAGCACCUGUGAUUGGUCCUUAUGUUUCCUCCACACAGAUGAUUGGAUCCCCUUCGGCAGUCACUCCAUCCUUACCCCAUGUCUUAGUAAAUGUUCCUACUCCUUCUGAAGUUCCUGUUUCAAAGCUAAUAUUAGGAACUGAUCUCAAAUCAUCAGUUAUAUCAAAACCUAUGCAGAAAACCAUCCAUACUGAAACUCCAGAACUUACUGUGGAUUCAGCUCCUCAAGAUUUAGUUGAAAAACCAUUGGCUUUUGAAAUGCAUGAACCAACUGCAGCUGCAAAAUCAUCCACACUAGAGAAACAAAUAGUUUCACAUGUGGCUGUUCCACGAAUUGAGCAAGAGAUAACAAAAAUUUUAGGCCAGACAGUAUCUGUAGCAAAUUCUAUCAUACCUUCCACUGUUGCUGCACCUGUUAUUCAAUCACAGGAGACUUCUGUUGUUGUUCAGAUGCCAAGUCUGGUUACAGCUCCAUCUCAGUCUAUACAUCCAGUACGUCCUAUAGCCUAUGCCCCGGUUUCACCUACAAUUUCAGCAAAUCAAGUGCCUAUUACUCUCCCAACAAUGGUAUCAGCAUCAAUACCAGCAAAUGUUGUCUCUAUGGACCACGAGGAAACAUCUCAGCCACCAACCAGUAUUUCCAUGGAUCAGAGUACAAAGGAAACCCAACUAGAAUUGGCACCCACAUCUUACAAAGCCUCAUCUGUUGUACCUCCAGAGCAUACUGCUGCAAAGACAGUCUCUGGUGUUUCUCCUACUUUUACUACAACUGUUGCUUUUGGAGCUAUACCCUCCCAACCAGUUCAGCCAAUGUUGGUACAAACUCACCCAAUGGUGGGGGAAAUACAUCAGAAACCUGUUGAAUUUGCUACUGUUUCUCCAUUGCAAUCCGUUUCACAAAUUACUUCUCCUGCUGUGCAGACACAGCAAGGUCAAGUUGUCAUCAUGCUUCCGAAUUUUGAAAAUGUGUCUCUGAUUAACCAGGUAGCUCAAGAUGUUAUUGCAUCCUCAGUGGCUAUUAAAACAACAACUGGCGAUGGUAGAAGUCAACCUGUUGUUGUUAGUGUAUCUCCUUUACCUUGUGCAGCCACUGUUCCAUCUUUAUCAAGUGCUGUCACUGAUUCAGCAGUUCCUCUCACUGUAACAAAACCGCAAAUAAUGGCCGUCUCUCAGGAAAGAACAGAUAAACCAGUGAUUGAAUUUCCACCACCACCUUCAGUUUCACCACCCGAACUGCCCUAUAACACAGUGCCCAAAGUUGACUUAAACCAACAUAUGACUGUCUGCACUUCUUCAUCAGUUAUAGCAACUCCUGAAACCCCUUCAAGUGUGCCCAGCAUGACUGUGAAACCAGCCGUAACCCCACCGCACAAAUCACCACCUCCUGUUCCUCCCAAGCCAGUCUGCAUUCCACCAGGGCUGGUAUUUAAUCACAGAUCAAGAGAAAGUGUGAAACCACCAGUUAGCCCUGAACCAGUAGCUUUUCAAGCGGUUCGUGCUGCAACUUUACCAAGAACAAGAGAACCCCCAAAAGCACUGUCAUUAAGUUUGACUGCCCCUGUUGAAAGCAAGCAUGGUGCUUCUUCACCAAAAUCACCUCUGUCACCUAGAUUUGCCAGAACACUUGAAACAUAUGUGGUGAUAACAUUACCCUCAGAGCCAGGCUCACCUGUGGAGAGCAUUACAACUCAGGCCCCGAUGCGCAGAUCAUCACUGCCAACUCCAUGGCAGCAGGUUCCAUGUGAUGCUCCAAGAGUUUUUGCAACAGCUUAUGUGGAUGCACCUGUGAUGGCAAUUUCUGCUCAAACCGUAGCAGCGCUACCAAAGGUUAUCUCAACUAUAGCAGCACCACCUUUAGUAAUGGCAGCCGAAACUGCAUCAGUCACAAAGGAGAUACAAGUAGAUUCAGCACCAAGUGUAGUAGCUCCUUAUAUGACUGUUCCAGUGCCAGCAGUUUCUGCUGUACAAACAUUGUUUUCAGAACCACUUGUAAUAGCAUCACCAGAAGCUUUAAUCAGUCCACCUGCAGUGAUUACAGUAGCCCCACAUGUUGCCAUUGAACCAACUGCAACAGCGUACACCACACGUUCUAUGGUUUCUGUUAUCCCAAUGGCUUUAGAACAAGCAAAAACAUCAAUACCAUCAGAGAGGGAGGGCACUGUAUCAUCUGAAUUUUUUGCACAGGAGACAGUGAGGGAGUUACGGCAGGAGCCUAAGACACAUCAAAUGCCAACAACAUAUCCUGCACCAAUAACAAUAACCCAGAUUCCAAUUCCAACUCAAAAUGAAGGCAUUCAUAGUUUGGAUGUAGAGGAAGUAUUAAUUGUCUCUGCUACAGAAAAGGCAUUAAAUGGAUUUGGUCCAUCACCAGUUCCAGUAGUACAACUUCAGCAUCAGCAAAAACAAGAAACCCAAGCAGUGUCUACUGCAGCUGCUGUGCCAUCAACACCGAUCACAUUCACCCAAUUUACAAAAUCAAUUGAGAGUCAAGAAGUUAUAUCAAGCUUGAGCCAAGUCUACUCCGCAAUCUCCAAAACUGAGCAGCACCCUGAGAAAUUGCCUAGUCUUGUAACUCAAGUUGUUACUACUGAAGUGCAAAGAACUACCACUGUGUCAGUUGUUCAGGAGAGGUUACCGGUUGAGCCCAUGCCUGAACCUAAGAGUGCCGCUGUCACAGUUCAACCAGAAGUACAUCCAAAACCCAAACAGAAUGGAAGAAUACACUACCCUGGUGAUGUUAUAGAUCUCACAACAUUAAAAAUCAAUGUUACAAUGACUGACCAAGGAAUGGAUCUUACAGCGACAGAUUCAAGUCAGUCAUCUUUUCUAAGUGAAUCAAUUGACAAGCGACAGGCUACUGCUGUGCAACCAGAGAUAGUGAAUCUUAGCACUGAAAUAAUCCCCACUGCAACGCUCUCUGUUGUAACGGAUAGUAUAACAAUUGUAACUUGCACAGCUACCAUUACCUACAAUAACAAUAGCAUAGUUGAGAAGCCACUGGACCUGGGAAAUGCCACUUCAUUGCCUCUUCCACUUACCACAUACAACCCUUUUGAGCCACUCGCACAGAUAGUGUAUAGACCUGUAAGUCCUCAACCCAAACCUACAACCGGUGCAGAGAUCCCUAUCAACCUUUCAUAUAGAGGUAUUGUGGGCACAGGCGUUCCUCUAAUGCCCGUUACAGUAUCCCCGGUGAGCUUCACAAAUGGCACUGCUAGUACAACAAUACAUAUAGAACCAUCAGCACCUGGACCUGUAGACCUCACCACUUCUAAGCCAAUGAAAACCAUGGUUGCUUUGUCCUCGUCUUCUGGAGUGGUCACAACUGUUGUGGAGGAUGAUGGUACUCCAGUGGAUCUCACGUUGGGAGGGCGAGCUGUUUGUUGUGAUGUCAUUUACAAGCUUCCUUUCACAGGGAGCUGCAGAACACAGCCACCAGUGACCACUCAACCUGACGUCCCAUCUGGCAUCAAAGAAGAUCAGAUUGUCAUUGAAGAUCUCAGCACCAUGAAGGGUUUGGUAUCGGACAAUCAUUUCAAGGAGACUGACCUCUUUGGUUAUGAGAGGAAGAAUGGAUUCACCUAUCAAAAUGGGGCAUCCGAAGGGGCUAUUGAUUUGACAUCAUCUAAAUAUUCAGCAGAUGAAGCCUUAGACUACUCAAAGAAAGGCACUUUGCCAUUGACUGGGCUCACGACUGCUCAACAUUCUACAGUAACAUCAUUUGGUGUCAAUAGUUUGCUAAGAACAUCAAAUGGCAUUGUUUACUCAUCUGUGUCAGCUCCUGCCCCAUCCACGUAUGCCAUUACCACUCAACCAGGUUCAAUAUUUAACACAACGUGCAAUAGUCUCCCUGAUUCCAUUCCAUUUUCAGGACUUGAAAAUCAGCCUGCACCAUAUGGCUUUGUACCGACCACAGAUAUUUCAAAGGAUAUUCUACCAUCUGCAUUAGCCAGUCUUCUUCCCUCACUGACCGCCUUCCCUGAGCUCUACUCUGAUGCUACUCUUGAGGCCAUAGCAGCCUCUUUAGAUACACUGGUAUCUCCAAAUUUCCCAGACUUUGAUGACAGCAAGAGCCAGCAGUACAAGGCUGAACAUGAGUUUCUACAGCUAGAGAAGUUGAAGCAGCUGUGUCUUGCUGAAGAGCUUGAAUGGGAAAGACAAGAGAUACAGCGAUACCGAGAGCAAGAGCAGUUUGUUGUUCAGAAAGAACUUGGGGAGCUUCAGAACAUGAAGCAACAGCUCCUCAUGCAACAAGAAGAGGAACGCAAAGCCCAUCUGAUUCUCCAACAAGAAACGUUUGAACAGCAGCAGAUUCAGUUGGAGCAAAUCCACAGGUUACAGCAACAACUCCACCAACAACUAGAAGAGCAAAAUAUAUAUCCCUAUGGGUUUGGACCAAAUGAAUCCCCACCUACCAGCUCAGACAUUAUACUUGAAUCUAAAUAUUCUGGAGAUAAUGGACAGUACUGGCCAGUGAAGGAUGACAACUCCAUUUCAUCUGCAGUGACCCUUCAUGACACUACACAAGGUCAAAACUGGCUGAACACCACCUCUGGUGCUUUUACUCAGCAUGGUUCAAACAUUCUUGUGUCAGUAGGUGCUCAGACAAAGGAGCAAAUGCAGUUGUCUUCAAACCUGCAAAACACAGCUAAACUAGAUCAGAAUGUAGAUUUCAGUUGCAAGAAAUUGAUUGAAAGUGGUGUUCAAACAGAUGAUGAAGAUGCAGUUGAGAGGAUUGCUCCUGGUAGAAGGAGAAGAAGUAAGAGAAGUGUAGACAGCUGUGUUCAAACUGAUGAUGAGGAUCAGGAUGAAUGGGACAUCCCUGUUCGGAGCAGACGCAGGUCCCGUACCAGUAGAUACACUGAUGGGGAGAAGGGUAAAAGCUUAAAGGUGUCAAGUAUUGCGAUUCAGACUGUAGCAGAGAUUUCAGUUCAAACAGAGCAUUCAGGGACUAUCAGGAGAUCUCCUGUUCGAGCUCAGGUGGACACUAAGGUAGAUUUACAUAGAGAUGGCCUAACAGAAAGCGACUCGGAUAUAACAUCAGAAAAAGAUAAAAGACGUCCAGCUCCCACUGAGAUAAGUGUUAGCACACACCUGACAGCUGAUGAUGUUGGAGCCUCAAUAGUUACCAAAUCUCCAAAGGUGUUAUGCUCCCCCAAUUCUCCAGUAUCCCCUGGGAAGAGCUCACAGAAGAUGCUGACUGUUGAAUCAUCGAGGCAUCCAAGUAGCUCAAGAUCACUACGUGGCUCACAGCGAUCCCUGUCUGAUCCAAAGUCUCUCAGUCCAAUGACUGACGACAGAAUGAUGUACCAGUACUCAGACACCUACUCAAGCAAGGGUUCACAGAGCGGUACACCAGUUGGCAGUCAGAAAAAAGUAAAACGCACGCUACCUCAUCCACCACCGGAAGAAGAUACCCUCCUUGGCCUUUCUGGGUACUCCACUGGCUCUGCCAGAAGACGAAUGUGUCGGAACACCACAUUGGCCCGGGCCAAAAUCCUGCAUGACAUAGACAAAGAGCUGAAUUUGGUUGAACGUGAGUCCUCAAAACUCCGUAAAAUACAGGCAGAGCUUGAUGAGGAGGAGAAAGAGAUAGAUGCUAAAUUGAGGUAUCUGGAGAUGGGUAUAAAUCGAAGGAAAGAGGCUUUACUUAAAGAGAGAGAGAAGAGGGAGAGAGCCUACUUGCAAGGAGUGGCAGAGGAGCGAGACUACAUGUCAGAUAGUGAGGUCAGCAACAUCAGAGAGCCACGAGGUAAUGGCCAUGGGAUAGAACGGCCACGGACUGCCCCUCAGUCUGACUUUGACCAGUUCAUCCCACCGCAGACUGAGGCCGACUCUCAGUAUGCUACCCUCCCCAGCCCAUAUUCCCAUUAUCAGUAUGCAUCACAAAGCCAAACACCAGGUCAAUAUCCUCAGCAGACGUUAUACCAACAGUCCCUUUACCAUCAGCAGGUGUCCCCAUACCAAUCUAUCUACUCAUCUGUGCCCUCACUCACUCAGCAGACUGGCUAUGACCAUUCCUCACUCCUUAUGAUGCAACAGAAGCCUCAACAGGCUUCUUUGUCUGACUUAGAGCCAAAGAUUACAACAAACUAUGAGGUGGUACGCAACCAGCCCCUCCUUAUUGUCCCUACAUCCACAGAGAGUUCCUAUGGAGUUUCCCAUCUUGGGGGUAAAUACAGUAACCUUGACCUGAGGAUGGGGCUAGAGGAGAGAGCCAGCAUGGCCAGCAGCCCCAUGUCCAGCAUAUCAGCCGAGUCCUUCUACGCAGACCUGGAUCACCAUAAUGCCAGAAACUAUGUCCUGAUUGAUGACAUCGGAGAACUCACCAAGGGAACCUCAGGCCUCUGUUCAAGCUUCAGUAUCGCUGAUAAAGAUAUUAGCAAAGCUGACCGCUUGCUCCGGACUGCUGACGUUCGUCGAACGGCAGAUGUGGCGGAUUUCCUCGUCCCUCUUCAGGCAGCUUCCAGACUGCAUCCGUAUGGUAAAGCGGAAGAGGAUUCCAUGGAGGAGCCAUAUGAAUUGAAGAUGUUGAAACAGCAAAUUAAGCAGGAGUUCAGGAGAGGGACAGACAGUCUCGAGCAGCUAACGGGCCUGCCUCACUACCUCCACUCUGACACCAGUUUGAAACAUUUUCCCAAAGCUGAGAAAUAUAGCAUAGGAAGACUAACGUUAGAAAAACAAGCUGCCAAGCAACUCCCAGCCUCGGUUCUCCACCAGAAACAGCUUAAGAAUAAAAAAACAUUUAUAGACCCAAAAAUUACUAAGUUUUCACCCAUUCAAGAGACUAGGGACCUUGAGCUCGACUACUGCAGGCUUUUGGCUUCUGCCAGCUCGUCUGUUGGUGGACUGUCUGCCAGGGCAAGGCUCCUUCAAGAUGAAAUCACAUUUGGACUCCGAAAGAAUCUAGCUGAACAACAGAAAUAUCUGGGUUCAGCACAUGGUGCUAACCUGGCUCAGUCACUAAACUUUGGCAACCUAGGGCCAACCAUAAGGUCAUCCCUUCAUGAAGAUGGUACAUACCCUAGUGGAAGUCAUUCAAGACCCUCCUCUAGGCCUUCUUCUGUAUAUGGACUGGACCUGUCUAUCAAAAGAGACCUCUCAAAUUCCUCGCUACGUCUGAAAACAGAAGGUGAGGAUAGCCACUUUGGAUCAGCUAGGGCUAAACCAACAAGUCUGCCAAUAAGUCAGAGCAGAGGCAGAAUUCCCAUCGUUGCACAAAAUUCUGAAGAGGAGAGUCCACUGAGCCCUGUCGGACAACCUAUGGGAAUGGCCAGAGCAUCUGCGGGUCCACUUCCACCUAUCUCGGCAGACUCCCGGGACCAGUUUGGGUCCAGUCACUCUCUUCCAGAAGUCCAGCAGCACAUGAGAGAGGAAUCCAGGACAUGUGGAUAUGAACGAGAAAUUGCUUUUAUAAAGGAUGACCUUCAAGGAGCCAUGUCAGAUAGUGAAGCAUACCACCUUCAGCACGAAGAUACGGACUGGUUUGACAAACCUCGCCGCGGUGGACCAGAGGCAUUCCAAGGCCUGGAUAGGAGACAGAUAAAAGGCAGCCAUUACCUCUUCCCACACACUCGCAUCAAACUGCAGCGGGACCCGAAGGACCACAGCGUCUCAGGGGGCGGGCUGGGACUCCGAGUUGUGGGCGGGAAGAAGAUUCCAGGGACCAAUGGAGAAAUCGGAGCAUAUAUUGCCAAGGUGUCGGCAGGAGGAUCCGCAGAGCAGACGGGAAAAGUAGUUGAAGGAAUGCAAGUUCUGGAGUGGAAUGGAAUCUCUCUGGUGGGAAAAACCUAUGAAGAGGUGCAAAGCAUUGUGGGACAACAGUGUGAAGAGGCAGAAAUAUGUGUGCGCCUAGAUCUGAACAUGCUGUCUGACAAAGAUCACCCUCAACAACUAGACCAUCAUACUCAACUAAGAGCCGACGAAUGUCAGCGUUCUCCAGGUGUAAACCCAAUGCAGCUUGCAGCAGAGCUACAGAAGGUGUCUCAACAGCAGGCUCCGGCCUCCGUGCUGUCUGCGCUGGAGAGAUCAGGCCAUCUGCAUUCUGCCACAGGAUCCGCAGCCUCCAGCGGGGUCCCCAGCCCCGGACAGCCCGGCUCCCCGUCUGUUAACAAGAAACGUCACAGCAGCAAGUCAGCAGAAGCCCUGAAGCCACAACCACAUCCAAUCACUGGUGAAAUACAACUUCAAAUCAACUAUGACAAGAAUAUGGGUAACUUGAUUGUCCACGUUCUACAAUCAAGAAAUCUCGCACCUAGAGAAAACAACGGAUACUCGGAUCCCUUUGUUAAAGUCUAUCUCUUGCCAGGGAGAGGCCAAGUCAUGGUUGUCCAGAACGCAAGUGCUGAGAACAAGAGGAGGACUAAAUAUAUCCAGAAGACUCAGAACCCGGAAUGGAACCAGACCGUCAUUUAUAAAAACAUCCAUCUUGAGCAGCUGAAGAAGAAAACUCUGGAGGUUACCGUGUGGGACUAUGACAGAUAUUCCUCAAAUGAUUUUCUGGGAGAAGUGCUCAUUGACCUGUCAAACACGUCUCAGCUGGAUAACACGCCUCGCUGGCACCCCCUAAAGGAGCAAAGUGAGAGUAUUCAUCACGGACGAGCACCUCCAUCACAGGGGCCAGGCGGCUCCGGGGGCCCGGGAGCGCAGGGCGACCCUGGUGGUCACGGGGGUCCUGAAGGACAAGGAGGCGAUCCGGGGAACCAGCAAUCACCCAAAACCUCCGUCAUCAAGAGCCGAAGUCACGGCAUCUUCCCAGACCCUGCUAAAGACACACAGGUAUCUACCAUAGAAAAGUCCCACAGCAGUCCCGGCAGCUCCAAAUCCUCCUCCGAGGGUCACUUACGCUCCCACGGCCCUUCUCGCAGUCAGAGCAAAGGCAGUAUAACCCAGGCUCACCUGGAGGAGGCGGGGAACGCCAUCGCUGCGGCCGAGGCUGCUGUCCAUCAGUCGCGAUUCCAGCCAAACAAAACAAGUCACAGAACAACUGAGUGUGAUGGAUAUAUUCUGGACAGCGAGGAUGUCACAGGCACGAAUGCGUUGGACAGUGCCAUCUUUCAGGUCCCUCAGCUGAAAAACAUUCCUAAUGGAACAGAUAAAACCAGAGGACUUGAAUCUCUGAAGCUGUCUGACUCUGAGGGUAAAAAGAUGGGAGAGAUUAAGGUGGCUUUAAAGAAAGAAAUGAAGACCGAAGGAGAGCAGCUGGUUCUUGAAGUUCUGCAGUGUAGAAACAUCACCUACAAGUUCAAAUCUCCAGAUCAUCUACCUGACCUGUAUGUAAAGCUCUACGUGGUGAAUGUCGCAACUCAGAAGAAAAUCAUAAAGAAGAAGACGCGAGUGUGUCGCCAUGACAGAGAGCCAUCCUUCAAUGAGACGUUCCGUUUUAAUCUCAAUCCGGUUGGCCACUCUAUCCAGCUGUUCCUGGUCUCAAAUGGAGGAAAGUUCAUGAAGAAGACCCUGAUCGGUGAAGCCUACAUCUGGCUGGACAAAGUCGACAUGCGGAAACGAGCGGUCAGCUGGCACAAGCUAGUGGCCACCACCAAUCUAACGCAACCUUAAUCGGCCAAUCACAACCCAUCACUGCCCUCCGCGAAAUGAAACAAAGGUGGGUUUGUGAAUUUGGAAUGACUGACAGGUGCAUUAUGUUGAUAAUGAUGGAAAAGGAAAUGACAAACUCAAUAUUGUGGCUGAAGGGUGGGACAGACUGUUCACCCCCUGAAAACAUCCAAAAAUCAAACAUCCACCAGGACGGUAAUCCAUUUUAUCUCUCAGAACACGGUUAUGAUCUUGGAAAUCAUUUCUGAAGCAACAUUUCUGUUCUAAUGCAUACAUACUGUAUUUCUGAUGUCCAUAGGCUCUUUAGUACUUGAGAAUCUGUACAUUUCAUUGUCAUCACAUAUCCAAAAUUGUAUAUGUAUAUUUACCACAAAAACAAGAUAUAAUACAUAUAGCAGAAUUCACAAGAUGAUUGAAUACAAUUAUUUGAUAAAUAAGGAAACGUAUCAUAUCAUAUACUAUGUUAUGCACUGAAUUGAGGUGAUAGUGUAAGAAGAAAAAAAGACAAUCCUUAAUGUUGAAUGCAGUGUUGAUCAGCACCAGUUAAUGUCUUAAGUCGCUUUUUAAAGUUCAGGUUUUAUGACGGACAUCAGCUGGAAUCAGACAGAAGGCGACCGGUGAAAACGUUCAACCAACAUUGCGAAGGUUCAUCAUCCUGACGUUCUGACCCUGGCUGUUUGUUGGACAAUAAAAGAGGUCGUAUUUUGUGUUUAGCACUCGAGCCCUCAAAAUUGUCUUCUCUCAAAGGGCGUCUACUUUGUGUCCAAAAAUUUGAUUGUGCUGUUUGUCCACGAUCUGUGUUUGUUUUGAGCAGCGUCUUGGAGUAAAUGUCACGUCGGUGGUCAAAUAUUGUCUCUGUUUUGUGAGUUCUCUGUGGAAUCCAAAUAUGCAAUUACGAAAAAAAAUUGAAUAACGUACAUUUGUGAAACUCACGUAAGCGUUCUGGCUCAAAGUGACUCAGAGGGUUGAAAUCCGGAUGUAACGUUCGUUGUUAAUUUGGUGUCUGUCCUCUGUCACGUGUUUCACGUGGUGCGCUGUUUCGAAAUCGUUUUUCGAAGUAACCAUCUGUUGUGAUGUUUGAUCUGUUUAGCUAUAAAAGAUGAUUGUCUCAUCAUUUCAACAUGAACACUGCCUCUUUAACCUUCACCGUGUCAGUGUAGAGCUACACAAUGUGCCAAUGAUGAGGCACACGCUUUUGUCUGUCUGGUCAGUGUUUCCAUAUCCGUGGACAUCUCACGUAUGUGGAAACCGCUUAUAGAACAUACACAAAGGUUUCUUUGUUUUAAUCUACAUCCUGCACGGGUGAUGCACAGAUGUAUCUUAAGAAAAGGUUGCUUAGACAAACUCUUGUGUGCCAACCUGAUGUUUUAACCAAAUCCACUGGUUCAGUUUGGGUAAUCUAUGCAACAUGGAUUAUGUUCUUUGAAUGCAUAUACCUUAACAUAUAUGACAUAAAGUCUAAAUACAUGUAUAUGUUGAAAAAAUAGAGAAAUUAAUUAUAUGAAUAUUGUAUAGUGUUUAUUUUUAUUUAUUUUUUACUUCCUCUUUUGUGGCACAGUACAUAUUGAUCGUAUGCACUUUAGGUUGUUGUACUCAUAGAUUUCCAAAUAUCAUCAAUUGACGCUACAUUAAAUAUUGAAACAUUGGGAAUCUUCUGGGAAACGUAAAAAAAAGUACUUACUAUAUUAUAUUGUGCCCGACUGUUAAGGGUGUUAUUGUGAUGGCCAAUUAAAUCCCAUCGAGUUUUUAUCCACAUCAUUAUAUUUCUAAAAAAGGUCCCUUUAAACAAGCACAUGAAUCUAUUUGACAGUUAUCUAAUCUUCUAUUGCAAGUUAUUAUCAUCCCGUUAUUUUGGGGGUGACUUUUGCUUGAUUCUGUUACCGUAUGCUGUGUGAAUGUGAUAUCUUUUUGUAAAUAUAUCUGAUAUUUUCUACGAGAAAAGGCGUGAAUAUUAAUUUGGGCUGAUGUCGAGCAUGUGAUUGUGAUCACGAGAUCAAACUCUGUCUGUAUAUAUUGUAUUUGUCUAUCUGUGGAAGAAAGAAAUAACUGGAUCGGUUUAUUCAAGUGUUCGAUCGACCCAUUCCAGUCUGUUCGUCGAAAUCAGCAACAUCUCUCAGAAUGAAAAUGUUAAGAUUUAAAAAAUGCAUACGAAAAGUUUUUCUUUCCAAUUGAAUGGUUGUCAAAGAGUUUCUAUGUUUUUACAUAGAUGUUGCAUGUUUUGUUAGAUGUCUGUUGAUAUAUUUUGACUCCGGAUUCCGUCGAAAAAGAGAGAGAAUCUGAACACAUCAUCUGACGUUGUAUGCGGACUGUAAAAAUGCUUGUAAAAUGAGUCUUGUUUCUCACUUCGUGUAAAAAAGAAGAAAAAAUAAAAUGUUAUGGUUUUGUGGUUGUCCACAGGAUGUCAUGAGAUUAUGCAAAUUGUGCAGUAGAGAAAAAAUAAUAUAUGAAAAUUAAGAAAUAAAGGAAAUCUUUCUCCCUGCGUAUAAAUAAUAAAGAAUAGAUUCUAUUUCAAAUGUGAAA